AUGCACCGCACGGGCUACUGUGACCCGGGAUACCCGGACCACACCCUGGACGCCCCCUCCCCAGGCAGCCUCUGGGGUGACAGGCUGGAGAGCAGGCCUGACUCCUUGCUGGUGAACUGUUCCUGCAAACAGCUCCCUCUGCCCCGCAGGCACCAGCUGUUCUGCAAGCUCACCCUGCGGCACAUCAACAAGGCCCCGGGGCACGUGCUGCGGCACACGCAGGGCCGGCGCUACCAGAGAGCUCUGUGUAAAUAUGCAGAGUGUCAGAAGCAGGGCGUGGAGUAUGUGCCCGCCUGCCUCUUGCACAAGAGGAGGAGGAGGGAAGACCAGAUGGACAGUGACAGGCCACCCCGCCGGAGACCAGCCUUCUGGGAGCCCGAGUCCAGCGAUGGUGACGGCACGGCCCCGAGUGACAGUGACGACAGUAUGGCAGACCUGUAUCCGCCCGAGCUGUUCACCAAAAAGGACCUGGCAGGGGCCGAGCACAGGGACAGCGCUGAUGCCUUUCUGACCGAUGAAGACGAGAGGCCAAGGCACCCGAGAGCAGAGGGCGCUGGGGACGGAGAGGGGAGGGGAGGGGCCCGGGCGCCGGCCGUCAAGCGCAGGAAGAAGCAGUCGGGCUCAUCCAAGAAGUUCAAAAGCCGGCACCGCAAGCCGAAGCGCAUCAGCUCUUCCCAGCAGGCGGGUUAAUAAACGUUUGCCGAGAC